GGUUAUUUUCAUCAUGUGUUCCCAUGGCUUCAACAAGUAUCUCAGUUGAGACUGGAUCUGUGCUGUUGGUUCGCUCCCAAAAUAGACCUUACAUCGAUUCAUUGCUGUCUGAUCAUUUUCCAAACCAAUAUGCCCCUCAAAGUGGGAAAUCGUUGAUUGAAGUUUGCCAGCCUUCUUCCUGUGAAUGCUCUGAAUUUCUUCACCAAAAGUUAAUGCAAUGCGUCCUUCCAAAAACAUUUAGUGGGUUUCACUUGAAUGGUUACAAUACACAUUGUCUUCUCAUUGACUGUGGGGGUCGGUUUUAUGCAUCAAAGUUUGGAGAGUUUGUUCGCAGACAUCUACAAGACGAAAUACCUGCUUUGAAGUUUGAACACAACCAAUAUGAAGUGUUUUUGGAAGAAAUAUUGUCUAGGGUUCAUAUUAUUCGUGUAUUUACAGAUUGUGAACUCCUUUUGGCUUUUUCUUACUCAAGAGAAGUUAUCAAACAGCAUCCAGUUUCUUGUCUUAUGAUUAGUGCGAUGAAUGCUUUUACAUAUUUGGAACGUUUACGCUACAAUUCGUGGAAGAGUCUUGUUAGUCAACAUUCAAUAUUAAUGGGUAUUUUGCUCCGUCUGAUUGCCGAUUUUCAGCUUCUUUGUAUUGUCAUCAUGAGGUACUCCCCUGAUAUUCAUGUUCUAAAUGAUUCUUUGAGUACUGACACUGAGAUGUUUCAUCCGAAUAACUCAUUAGGCUCUGAAAUAAGGAGCGAUGAUUGGUCGAAAUAUGUAACUCAUAAAAUUGAAUUAAUUGACUGUCAGCAUUCCUUUGUAUCAUGUAUCAAACACGAAUCUAGUAUGAAAGUGAUAAAAGAUACGAGAGUUUCUUAGUUAAUGGUUAUUUUUGUAAAAUAAAAACAGUAUUUUUCUACUUCUCUUUGUUUACUUAUCUUUUAGACGCUAACUUUUCACUCUAUAGUUGAAAACGAACUAUAUAUAUCUCUAACAAAAUGGUGAUAAGAGCCAGGUCUUGCUUACUGUCAGAUCUUUAAACGUGGUGCGAUUAGCUUAACG